AUGGCACUCCUUGGAGAACCGGAAGAGACCCAACGCCAUGGGGUGGCCGUGGUGGUGGUGCCCUUCCCAUCCCAAGGCCACCUCAACCAGCUCCUCCACCUCUCCCUCCACCUCUCCUCCCAUGGCCUCUCCGUCCACUACGCCACCUCUCCCUCCCACAUCCUCCAAGCCAAGUCUAGACUCCAAGGUUGGCACCCAAACUCCCUUCAAUCCAUCCACUUCCAUGACCUCCCCCUCCCUCCUGUCUCCACUCCACCCCCCAAACCCGGCGCCCUCUCCUCCCACCUCCAGCCCCUGCGCGAAGCCCUCCUCGCCAACCUCCGAGCGCCCCUCGCCUCGCUUCUCCGCUCCCUCUCCGCCGCUUCCCCCCGCCUCGUCGUCAUCUACGACUCCCUCGUCUCCUUGGCCGCUCAAGAAGCCAUGGCAUUCCCCAACGCCGAGGUCUACUGCUUUCGAACAACCCCGGCUUCCUUCCUUCUCCCCUUUAUUUCGGCCUCCUCUCAAGGCAAGCCGGACGCAAUCCUCGCCUCCUUCGAAGGCUGCUUCCCGCCAGCUUUGGUGGAUUUUAUCAUCACGAAUCAUCGUCUACGCGAAUCCGUCGCGGAAGCCGGAAUUCUCAUAAACACAUGCAGGCCGGUGGAGGGUGAAUUCAUUGACCGCUUAGCUCGAGAACCUUCUUUCCAAGGUAAGACGCUUUUCGCAAUUGGCCCCUUAAAUCCUACUAUUCUGAGCAGAGAAGAUCUUGGCCGGCGACAGCACGGCUGCUUGGAAUGGCUCGACAAGCAGCCCCCGGCGUCCGUCGUGUACGUCUCCUUCGGAACCUUGUCGACGGUACCCGACGAGCAGAUCGAAGAGCUCGCGGUCGGGCUGCAGCGCAGCAGGCAGCGCUUCAUCUGGGUUUGCAGAGAAGCCGACCGGGGGUUUGUUCACGGCGAGUCUCAGCUGCAGAGGAAGCUGCCGGCCGAGUACGAAAGGAUGGUAGAGGGAGUGGGAAUGGUGGUGAGAGGUUGGGCGCCGCAGCUCGAGAUCUUGGCCCACCCGGCGACGGGGGCGUUCAUGAGCCAUUGCGGGUGGAAUUCGUGCAUGGAGAGCAUCAGCAUGGGCGUGCCGAUCUUGGCGUGGCCGAUGCAGUCGGACCAGCCCAGCAACGCUGUGCUGGUGACUCAACACUUGAAGGUUGGGAUCAUGGCGAGGGAGUGGGCUCGCCGUAAGGAGAUCGUGUCGUCGGCGGGUAUAGAGGAGUCGAUCAAGAAGGUGAUGGUGUAUGAUGGAGGGAAGGAGCUUAGGAAGCGAGCGAAGGCUUUGGCUGAAGCGGUUCGAGAAGCCAUGGCUAAAGGAGGAUCGUCUCGAGCUGAACUGGACUCAUUCAUUGCCCGUGUCUCCAGAUGA